AUGUUCUUAUCGCCGAAGAGCGUAGACCGCGACCCGGAAGAUGUCGAAUAUCCCGGACACAUACUGGAGCCCGGAUGGAUACGACUAUCAAGCGCUGUCAUAUGUUUGGGGUUCGAAGAACGUCAAGCGGUCAAUAUCCCUCAACAACAGGAUAUUUCCGGUGACCGUCAAUCUGGAGAGCGAUUGAAGGACGAGCCUCAUGGAGCAAUACUGCGAGCCACCUCCGCCACUUCUAAUAAGGAUCGCAAAGACCUGGCGGCAUAUCGAGUUUUCUGUCUCUUGCAAGAGCUGGGUGAGGCAAAGCACUUGGAUGAGGUGACCAUGCUGAGAAUCGAGCAUAGACACAAAGAGAUAGAAGGAAGCAGGAUCACGCUUGAGAAAGACGAUAAAGAUCAGCUAUUGCUUAUUGAGGCACUUCGAAAGAUGAUGCAACCUCCGUUCACACCGUGGUGGUCUCGUAUUUGGACGGUUCAAGAGAUAGCGGUCGCACAAACUAUUCUCGUUGUGUAUGGGACGAUGUCCGCACCUGGGUCGCUAUUCGCAUGUGCUGCGGGUCCCUAUAUCCACCACAGUACGUCUUGUUGCUCGGAAUCCGUUACAAGACUAUCCACGGAUCAGGCGAAGGUCCUCGCGGAUUGCUGCAACCGGAUCCUUGGUAUCGAAGAGUUGCAAAUGAAAACGCAACGCCACGACUCUGGAGGCAUGGGCGAAUUAGAACCAGAUUGGUCGCUGCUGGAAUUGCUCCGAAAAUUUCGCGACAGGAGAGCUACAGAUCCACGCGACAAAGUCUACGCACUUCUCAACCUUAUUGCAAGGUCAGGUACGAGCACAGAGAUCAUCCCUGACUACACUCUGAGCGAAAUUGAGGUCUAUUCCCGGGCAACGCUUGUGUGCAUUCGUGAAAACAGCAAUCUCUCCGUCUUCAGUACUGACCUUGGAAGAAAAUUUCGGGACGACUUGCCAUCUUGGGUACCCGAUUGGGGGGCACCUGGUGGCUUGUUCUACGAAGCUCGAGCGGCAGCUACGGAACUGUAUACAUUGGGAUCCAUAGAUUAUGCCUGUGAGAUCCAAUGGGGUGGAGACAUCAGGGAAAUUUGGCGUGAUACUCUCUCGCACUGGGGGAAGACAGUGACAAAAUUCGACAAUGAGUAUAUGGAUAGUCGCCUCCACCAGAGAGCUGACAUCAACUACCAACGAGCGUUGUUGCCGGUCAUCGACAGAUCCAUCAUGACAGCGACUAUCUCGCGUACUCUGAUAAUGAGCCGCCAACACAUCCAAUACAGCCAACACAGGCAACACAUCGGACUCAGACCUGCUAAUACGCAGGUGGGGGACAAAAUCUUUCUUCUUGAGGGAGGCAAAACACCAUUUGUUCUACGUGAGACGGAUCAUGAGCCCACGAUAACCGGGCCGAAGUUCGAGAUUAUUGGCGACUGCUACCUGCAUGGAGCAAUGGACUGGGAGCGGAAUCCCUUUAAAUACUAUGACUGGGAAAAAAUAACCAUUUUGUAG